AUGGAACUCUAUAAUGAGAUUUAUGAAGCACCAAUCUUCGAUAUCUAUGACGACGAAGAGCCAACGUUCGAUGUCUACGACGACGAAGAACCAAUAUUCGAUGUUAACAAUGUUGAUCCAAUCUCCGUAGACGGUGGUGGAAGUUUCGGCGGUGGAGUUAACGUAUUUUAUGUUGACACUUUUAUCACAUCGCUUUGGAUCCGAAGUGUUCCAAAACCCAUUGACUCCUCUGCAUUCGGUGAAGGAAUUCUGAUGACGAGCCAACGUCGUCCACUCUACCACAAUGAUUCUUCGUGUCGAACCAGAACAUAUCCUCCAACUACCAUUUGA